GAGUAUCUCGGCUCUCUCUCUCCGUAAAGGAAGGAAGAGAGGAAGGAAGCUGUAGCGUAGGUUAUCGCCACGCGCGCAACACCAACUUGUGAGACCACCACGUGCUCUGGACUGUCAGUGUCAUACUCGGCGGAGGAGCCCGGAGCGAACGAGUGCGCGCGCGAGAGAGAGAGAGAGAGAGAGAGAGAGAGAGAGAGAGAGAGAGAGAGAUACUCUCCGCGGAUGUAUAAAUUCGGAAGGAACAGGAACAAACUCGGAUCGAUGGGGAGGAUCGGUAGGGAUGAAGGUUAUCCCGCGGCUUUGAUUCAACAACAAGGUCGAGUGGCUUGUUUGAGCGGUCAUAUGUGAACCAAGAACCGAGAACGAGUUAGAGUUCUUUCUGAGAGUGACUCGUGGAAAAGACUAAUCUAAGGAGGGAAAAAUGUCGCGCGCGACAGUGCGGUCCAGGAUGGCCGGCGACAAGCAGAGGAUUCCUCUUUAGGAGCAGAGCGAGCGUCGGAAGCAGAAUGGAUCGCGCGACGACCUCCCCUGAUUUCAACGACACGUACACCGCCGUGGAAUCCGCCGUGGUGGAGCAUCUGCCUUCCAGUUCGUAUCGCGACUCGUUGUUCAUAGUGAUACCGGUGACCGUUAUUUACGCGUCCAUCUUCCUCACCGGUAUCGUCGGCAACGUCAGCACGUGCAUCGUGAUCGCGCGCAACAAGUCUAUGCACACCGCCACCAACUACUACCUCUUCAGUCUGGCUGUGUCGGACCUGUUGCUGCUGGUGUCAGGCUUGCCGGCGGAGAUGUACCUGGUCUGGUGCAAGUACCCCUACAUCUUCGGCGAGGGCUUUUGCGUGCUGCGCGGCCUCGCCUCGGAGACGUCGGCGAACGCGUCGGUCCUCACCAUCGCCGCCUUCACCGUAGAGCGAUACGUCGCGAUCUGCCACCCGUUCCUCUCGCAGACUCUGUCAAAACUGUCGCGCGCGAUCAGGCUGAUCCUAGUGAUAUGGCUGGUAGCCUUGUCGUUCGCGUUGCCGCAGGCUCUGCAGUUCGGCGUGGUGCGACACAGCCGCAAUCCCGACUUGAUCAUGUGCACGGUCAAGCGGAACAUCAUCGAACAUUCCUUCGAGCUCUCCACGUUUCUGUUUUUCGUCAUGCCGAUGUGCAUGAUCACGGUUCUCUACGCGCUCAUCGGCCUCAAGCUCAGAAGGUCGAACAUGAUGAACAACAGUGUGCCCGGCAGGGUCGAGUCGACGAGGAACUGCAGACACCAUCCCGGUAGAUCGACCAGGAGGGUGCUGAAGAUGCUGGUCGCGGUCGUCAUAGCGUUCUUCAUCUGUUGGGCGCCGUUUCACGUGCAACGACUGGUCGCUAUAUACGGAACCAAUAAGGAGGAUCACAUGACGUCGAACGGUCCAUGGAUGGAGUUCCUCUAUCUCUUGAUGACCUACGUGUCGGGUGUUCUCUAUUACGUAUCCACAACGAUCAAUCCGAUCCUUUAUAACAUCAUGUCGAACAAAUUUCGCAUGGCGUUCAUGGAGACAUUGUCCGGAAGCUGCAGAUUUCCCGGGCUGCCAACGCGUCACGAGCAACGAUCGUACUCCAGCCUGUCCCGGUCCCAGCAGCGCACGAUUGGCGCUUACAAUUCGAGGACAGCGGCGACCGGCCGAGAAUCCGGCAUGGUGGCGGAUAGUACGGACGGUUCAGGAAAUUCCGGCCACGAAGCCGCGAGUCAGGACCAAGCUCCGAGAGUCGCGAAUCCGCUCGAGUCCGGCUCGACGCGGCCACCGAGUAACGGGCAUCGUAAAUGGCGAGAGAGCCGCGGAUCGGUCCGCAACGCGGACGAUCAGGACGCUGUCCCGCGGUCGAGAACGACGAGCGCAAGGUGCAGGGCCGUGUCCGGCGCUAACGUCGGUUCCGACAAGAAAUGGUGGAUGCCGUUCAAGUGGCUGCCGGGGCUAAAGGUCCUCAAGUUCUCCGGGAGGUCGACGAUGGUCGAGGAUCGUGUACUCGACGAGUCCGCCACGAGUCGUCGCGAGGAGCUAGCCAUGACGAUGUGGCAUGACAUGCGCGACGCCGACAACCGGCCUGUGUGAGAACAACGCGGCCGUGUGCAAGCUGAGAUCUUGAAGAAGACCCGCGUCUUCCCCGUCGACGAUCGAACCAACUAUUGUCGUCUGAUUGAAGACCUACGAGCAUCACCAUGACUGACGAACGCAGUUUGAGGCAGUCUUGAGGGGGAUGAAAUCCGACGUAACGUGUCUGGACACAAUAUCGGCUACUAUCAACUACUCGCUCAAACGUUUGCGACUUGCGAGAAAGUUGGAGGUUUGAAACGGGAUAUCUGAGGAAACAGACACAGAGCAAGGAAAAGAGUGUAAAGUAACGAGUGUAAAGUGUACUCUACCGAGGAGAAUCUACUCAUAAAAGAAAAAGCAAAGGAAGAAGAUGAAGAAGAAGAGGAAGAGGAAGAAGAAGAAGAAGAAGAAGACGAAAAAGUAGAAGAAGUAGAAGAGUCUUACAACAGACUGAAACAAGCGACAACUCGAUUUGUGACACGCGACUCUGUAGAAAUUCGUAGAGAAAUUAAUAUUGAGAAAAAUUACGACCAACAAACUUUAUGUCGGAGAAACGAGAAUCCAUUAAUAUCGACGUUUGACAUUUCGACAUACAAACACGCCGAGCGAACUUGCAAAACAGUUUUUUUCGCGAUUGCCGCGUGCUGCUGAGUGCACUCGGCGGGAAUCGGUCAAACUCGAAGAGCAAAUACAUGUUAGAAAUAUUGCGUCGCUGAUAUAUUUCUUGCGACUUUAUAAAUCGGAGAAUAUAUCACGAUUUGUCUCAUAAAUCAUCCCGCGAUACAGUUCCUUCGACUACACCCUCAUUGAUCGCUCCAAGCGAGUUUUCCUUAUAAAUUAUCUCUGUCGAAAUGAUUCAUAUCAAAUAAUAUAAACAUUUCGCGCGCGAAUCAAUCUUUUUGACUUUGCGAAUCCCCAUAUUUCUGAUAUCACAAUUCCUUUAGUCCUUAAGAGUGCUAAAGAAAUACAUUUGCUAACGUUUCAAACACUUGUUUUCUUUUUCAGAUUAUAUUUCAUUCUGUUUACC